UCUAACAAUAGUAUGCAAAUAGUAUGUUCUUAAAAUAACUAAAAAUAAACAAUCAAAUUUAAACAAUUAUUUUACCAAUAACCACAAACCAAUGUGUUUCUAAACGCAAGAAGCCAUUGAUCUUUUUCAUUCGAAAAAAUUGCCUUAAAAUUGCCGAUUGAGCUCGAUGGAAUGAUGGCGCGGCCGGGUUGGUCAGCGAUUGGUGAACGAAUUGUGGAAGGAAGGGAAAAGGAAAAUGGCUAAAUGGUGCAUAUGUUGAAAGGAUUACGAUGGCGGCCGGAGGAGAAUUCGUCGAGGGAUGGUUGGUGGCGCAAGUUCUCGGGGAAGGCUCUUAUGGAGAGGUGCGGCUGCUGGUGCACGCGCGCUCCGGCGCCUGCGUGGCGCUGAAGGCGGUGCGGGGCGGCGCGGGGGGUGCGGGAGGUGCGGGGGGCGCGCGCGAGGCGGCGCUGCACCGCGUGCUGCGGCACCCGCACGUGCUGCGCUGCAUGGGCGAGCGCCUCUACGCGGACAAGCACUACCUGUUUCUGGAGUACGCGCAGGGCGGCGAGCUCUUCGACCGCAUCGAGCCGGACGCGGGCAUGGCGCCGGCGGCGGCGCGGCGCUACUGGCGGCAGCUGCUGGCCGGGCUGCGCUACCUGCACUCGCGCGGCGUCGCGCACCGCGACAUCAAGCCUGAGAACCUGCUGCUCGACGCGCACGACAACCUCAAGAUCUCUGACUUCGGCAUGGCUACCGUGUUCAGACAGGGCGCGCGGGAGCGGCUGCUGUCCAGCGUGUGCGGCACGCUGCCGUACGCGGCGCCCGAGGUGCUGCUAGCGACGCGCCGGCCGUACCGCGCGCCGCCCGCCGACGUCUGGUCCGCGGCGGUCGUGCUGCACGCCAUGCUGCUCGGAGAACUACCCUGGGAACGCGCGUGCGAGUCUGAGCCGCGCUACGCCGCGUGGUGCGCGGGGGAGAGUGCGGCCGGUGCGUGCGGUGCGGCCGGUGCGGCUGGUGCGGGCGGUGCGUGGCGCAGGCUGGGCGGAGAGGCGCGCGCGCUGCUCCGGCUGGCGCUCAGCCCGCAGCCCGCCGCGCGGCCCUCGCUGUCGCGUCUGCUGCUGCACCGCUGGACCAGCGCCGCGCACGACUCCCUUCACCAGUACGCCGCGGAAGGCGCGGGCGGGGCCGGCGGGGGGCGCGAGUGGUGCUCCCAGCCGGUGGGUGUGGUGGGUGCGGUGGGUGCGGUGGGCGCGGUGGGCGCGUGGGACGUGGCGCCCGCCGAGGAGGACGUGCGCGCGCUGCUCAGUCUGUCGCAACCGGCGCACCCGGACGAGCUGCUGGUGUCGCCGGCCGGCGCCGCGAGCCAGCUCACCCAGCACACGCCGCACACCCAGUACACCCCGCGCCAGGGCGUGCUGCAGCGGCUCGUGCGGCGCAUGACGCGCGUGUGGGUGAGCUGCAGCGAGGAGCGCGCGCUGGAGGAGCUGCGCGCGGCGCUGGCGGCGCACGGACACCGCUGGCGCGAGCUGCACCCGCGCCUGCUGGCCGUCGAGUGCGGGGGCGAGCUGCGCAUGCGCGUGUGGGCGGUGCGCGCGGCGCCGGCGGGGGGCGAGGCGCGCGUCAUGCUCGAGUUCCGGCGGUCGCGCGGCUGCGGGCUGCAGUUCAAGCGCCGCUUCCUCGAGCUGCGCGCCGCGCUGCACGCGCUCGCCGCCCCGCCGCCCGCGCACGCGCUCCACCUGCCGCUGGACGCGCCGCUCGAGCACCACCAGCACCACCAUGCAAUGGACGAGACGUGACCUCGACUACUUCAUUCAUUAAUAUCGAUAGAAAAUUGUUAACUGACAAAGAAAAUAACGUAGCAUCUUUUUUAAAUUGUAUUUUUUUUCCUCUAAUGUUACAGUUUUUUUUACUAUACUUAUUAUAAAUUGAUGUUGCUUCUAUGUACAUUAUAUUUCUCUAAUUAUUUCUCAAAAUACAAUUGAAUUAUAACCGGGGCCGUUAUAAUUUUAAGUAAAAUCAUAAUAAAAACAUGCUCUAAUUAACUUUGUUUUAAUGUUUGUACAGCGUGUCCCAAAAUUUAGCGAUAAAACAGUAAUGGUGUUAGCCAGAUCUAUAACUACACGGAGAAAAAUACUAAAAUAAAUCCAACUCUUUUAUAGUUAAAAGUUACAUUACCUUUUGUAACUUUUCUUAUAAUUUGAUAGCCUCCACCAUAUGAUAACACCCUGUAGCUACAAAUAUAUUCCUGGACUUUGUGAGUGACACUAUAGUAUGUC